AGAGAGCAAACUUAUCUGUACCCUAUCUGUCCGAGGGGUCAAUUUCCCCCCCCGCCAAAACACACACCAAUAACCCGACUCAUAUAAAAGGAAAUCCUCUUGUCCUCUUCAUCCUCACCUCUCUACGAUUUUCCCAGCUGGACCUGGAAACACUAACCUACAUACAACCCAAAACAUAUACCCCUCUUUAGUGCAUUCAGCUCACUACGAUACAAUGGCUUUCCAGACCAAAGCGACCAUUGCCUCGUUCGGAGGCAAGCUCCUCAAGCUCACCCACCAAGCCAGCAGCACGGACUGCGAGAUGGCGCUGAAUCUCUACUUGCCUCCGCAAGCUACAACGAAUUCGCUGCACAAGGUUCCUGUGCUAUUCUACCUCUCCGGCUUGACGUGCACCGGCGACAACUGUUCCGAGAAGGGUUUCUUCCAGCACGGCGCCAGCCAGAAGGGCAUAGCUGUGGUCUAUCCUGACACGAGUCCGAGAGGAUUGAAGAUUGCCGGUGAAGAUGACGGAUGGGACUUUGGUACUGGCGCAGGCUUCUACGUGGACGCCACCGCCGAGCCCUGGUCCAAGGGCUACAAAAUGUACACUUAUAUCAACGAAGAAUUGCCCAAGGCUCUCUUUGGAGCAUUUGAGCAACUCGACUCCAGCCGCGUCAGCAUUACAGGACACAGCAUGGGCGGACACGGUGCAUUGACAUUGUUCCUCAAGAACCCCGGCAAAUACAAGUCCGUCUCCGCCUUCGCGCCCAUCUCCAACCCCAUCAACUGCCCGUGGGGCAAAAAGGCAUUUACGGGCUACUUUGGCGAGUCCGCCCAGGAGAAAUGGAAGGAGCACGACGCUACCGAACUGAUCAAGAAGUGGUCUGGUGGACCUUUGGACAUUUUGAUUGAUGUCGGCACCGGCGACAACUUCUACAAACAAUCCCAGCUCUUGCCCGAAAACUUCCUCCAGUCCGCCGAGCAAUCCGGCCACAAGGACGGCGUCAAUGUCCGGUUCCAGCCUGACUACGACCACAGCUAUUACUUUAUGGCCAGCUUUGCCGACGAGCAUGUCAAUCAUGCUGCGAAAUACCUUUUUGCCUAAUUUCCCUUUUUCUUUUCUUUUUAUUCUUUCCUUUCCUUUCCGUUAUACGAGAAGGACAGUAUACGUGAAAUGAAGCACCAAAAAAGUCUUUUUCUCUCUUACUACCUAUAGUUUACAUGACAUAUUUAACCUACUCCGUAGAUAGUACUAUCUGUAUAGACUCAGAUGCAAUUUGGAUUUAUGUAAUCCAGGCUCACUACUACGCAAUAAACAAACAACUUUUUACCAAAAAAAGUUGGAAAAGGAGGAGAAAUAAAAAAAAAUAGAGAACAUGGAGCAG